UUGUAACAAUAGACGUGUUAGAAUCAUGUAGUUUUAUCCUCAAUUGUUGGAUAACACAAAAUGAAAUUGAGGUUCUCUACUCUGCAAUAUAGAGUAGAAUUGUUGAAGAAACGCCAUUACUCUUUCAGAAACUUGAUAUAGUAUGUUCAUAUUCCCUUCUUCCUAUCUUUAUCUACUUUCUUAUUGAAUUUUACUUCAUCUGCUUCAUAUAUUAUACAUCAAAUUCUCCAGUUUAUCUAAGUUUAUGCAUAUAUUAUAAGGUUAAUCCCAUCAAACCCAUGAUUUUCUUGCUGUUUUAGUCUUAAAUUUACAUUUUAAAACGCAUGUAUCUGCAAAUUAAUGGCAACCCUUUUGCAAUCGUUGUCUCCAAUAACAAACCCAUGUCUAGAAAGUACAGUAAAAGCAAGUGGAUUUUUUUCCCAGAUCCCAAAUCUUCAUACUUUGUCACUAAAUAAGGGUUUUUCAAGGGUAUUAGCAUCUAACCAAGUCACUAUUUCAUCGAAUUCUGUGUUUACAUUGCCUAAUUGGAGGACUGGUAAGAAUGAUCCUAAGACUAAAGAGAUUAAGGUGAAUGAUGCUUUUUUGUACUUGGAAUAUAUGGUUGAAAAGGGGCAUAAACCUGAUAAAGGUCAGGCGACUCAGUUAUUGUAUGAUCUUUGUAAGCUGAGUAAAGUUCGGAAAGCGAUUCGAGUGAUGGAGAUGAUAGUUAAUUCGGGUGUGAAACCGGAUGCUACGUCGUACACCUUUUUGGUGAAUCAUUUGUGUAAGAGAGGGAAUGUUGGAUAUGCAAUGCAGUUAGUUGAGAGGAUGGAGGAGUCUGGCUAUCCAACAAACACGGUUACAUAUAAUUCAUUAGUUAAGGGACUUUGUAUGCUUGGGAAUUUGAAUAAGAGUUUGCAGCUUUUGGAUAGGUUAAGGAAGAAGGGGCUUGAACCUAAUGUUUUUACUUACUCAUUCUUGCUGGAAGCUGCGUAUAAGGAAAGAGGAGUUGACGAAGCAGCAAGGCUGUUGGAUGAGAUAAUUGCAAAGGGUGGAAAGCCUAAUUUGGUGAGCUACAAUGUGCUCUUGACAGGUCUGUGUAAGGAAGGAAGAACAGAGGAAGCAAUUACUUUUUUCAGGAAUUUGCCACAGAAAGGUUUUGAGCCGAAUGUGGUGACUUACAAUAUUAUGCUGAGGACUCUAUGUUGUGAAGAACGGUGGAAUGAGGCGUAUGAGCUUCUAGCUGAAAUGGAUGAUGGAGAACGUGCCCCAUCUGUUGUUACUUAUAACAUUUUGGUCAGUUCACUUGCUCUUCACGGCCAAGUUGAUCAGGCGUUUGUGGUAUUAGAAGAAAUGAUGAGGGCAGGAUUCAAACCAACAGGAGCCACCUACAACCCCAUUAUUACACAUUUCUGCAAGGAGGGGAAGGUGGAUCAAGUUAUGAAGUGCUUAGACGAGAUGAUUUUGCAGCAGUGCUAUCCUAAUGAAGGAACAUACAAUUCAAUUGCUGUACUUUGUGAAGAUGGAUUAGUUCAGGAGGCAUUCUCCAUCAUCCAAAGCUUAGGUAGCAAAUCUAACUUUUCAACUCAGGACUUUUAUAAAACUGUGAUUACAAGCUUGUGCAGGAAAAAUAAUACAUACCCGGCAUUGAAGCUACUGAACGAGAUGACAAAGUAUGGAUUCACACCUGAUUCUUAUACUUAUUCAACGUUGUUGAGAGGGUUGUGUAUGGAAGGAAUGUUAGGUGCAGCAGUUGAGAUUUUCAUGUUGAUGGAAGGAAAUAAUUGCAGACCAGAUGUUGAUAAUUGUAAUGCUCUUAUACUUGGAUUAUGCAAAUCUCAUAGAACUGAUUUGUCUUUGGAUAUCUUUCAAAUGAUGGUAGAAAAAGGAUAUAAGCCAAAUGAGAUGACUUAUACUAUUAUUGUCGAAGGCAUAGCUCAUGAAGAAGAAAUGGAACUAGCAGCAAUAGUUUUGGAACAACUUUAUGACAGGAAAGUAUUGAGUAGGAACACAAUGGAAAGGCUCGUCAUGCAGUAUGACCUCGAGGGUUUACCAGUCUAAACAUCCCGCAGACAAACUUCUUUAUACACAAAUGCAUGAUAGAAAUGUUUUAUGUAAUUAUUUGAAAUUGAUAAUAAUGCUCCAGUUGCAUUCUGAUUCUAGUUGAGAUAAUCAGUUUAAAGUUCCUGAUUCCUUUGUACUGAUGUGGUACUUCCUCAAAAUGGUUGUGAUCUCUGCUUCA